AUGGCAACAGCAACAGCCAGCGCUUCUCUCAGCGCCUUUCCAGCAGGAAUUACAAGCAGCUCUCAAUGUACCUUAGAGACAUGUCCUCUAACAUACGCUCACCUCACGUAUCUUCCCAACGCCGCCGGAAACGGACUGUUACUCGCCAUUUUUGGACUUUUGAUUCCUGCGCAGAUCUAUAUGGGCAUUCGCUACCGGACGUGGGGUUUCAUGGCAGGCAUGUUCUGUGGUCUAGUGCUUGAAGUGUUUGGAUAUGUGGGGCGAUUGAAGAUGAUAGACAAUCCAUUUACUGACAAAUGGUUUGCCAUGUACAUUGUGUGUCUUACUAUCGCACCGGCGUUUCUCAGCGCAGCUAUCUACAUUAGUCUCGCACGUAUCGUCGCAGUAUACACUGUGAAAUUAUCCCGGUUCUCGCAACGUUGGUACGGAAUUAUUUUUGUCAUAUGGGAUGUCGUCUCCCUUCUUCUGCAAGCGGCCGGAGGUGGACUUGCUACAUCCAACGAUGAAUCGACGCUAGAGACUGCGAAAAGGGUCAUGAUGGCCGGUCUUUCCACUCAGGUAAUAUCUCUCUCAAUCUACCUAGGGCUAUGCAUCGAUUUUGCAUGGAGGAUACGCCGCUUGAAACGAACCAACGCAAACUCCUUUGACAAUCGAAAUCUCGAAAUGACGAACAAACAAGGAAAUACUCCCCAACAAUUCUCCUCCUCCGAGAAUUUGGCAGGGAAUAUAGUUCUUCUGAAUCCAAAUUUUGCAGCUCUCCGAGCAUCAAAGAGAUGGCUUACUUUCCUGGUUCUCCAGGGUCUGGCAACAAUCUGCAUUUAUAUUAGAAGUAUUUUUCGACUCGCCGAGCUGCACGGGGGGUUUCGGAGUAGUUUGGCUAAUGAUCAGGUUACUUUUAUGGUGUUAGAAGGGGCCAUGAUUGUAAUUGCGGCUCUUGGAUUGAGUACUUGGGGACAUCCCGGAGUGGGAUUCUAUGGAAAAUGGCAGGUUCUUGACUAUCGCUUGUUUGUGAAGAAACCGCAUACAAGCGGUGUGUAA